GCCAAGCGAUUGUCCUGGCUGUCUCGCAUCCAGGUCUGUUUCUCCAUCCAUCCCUCCAUCCAUCCAACCCUCCAUCCAUCCAACCAUCCAGUCCAUCGUCCAGUCCAUCGUCCAGUUCUUCAUCUAGUCCCCUACAUCAAAGUCCUCCACCCAUCUGACCAGAGCACAUCAGAGCAUAUCAGCAUGACCUUGGUGUUCACCUCCGUCAUUGUCGCCAUCGACUCGCUCGAGUCCAUCCCCGUCGAGAGCCGAUCGUACCAGGUCAAAGCAGCCCUCGCGCUCCUGGGCCUCUACCGUGAAGAGCUUCAGUCGAGCGACCAGUGGGCCGACCCGUCUUCGCCGUCGUCGUCGCUGUCGGAAAAGACCACCGCCCGGGUUCUGUUCCAGGUCGACGAGACCCCCAGUGCCACCCUGACAGCCAAAUACGUCCCAAACAACCCAUCCCCUCUCCGGCUCUCGGCCUUGCCCGGUGUCAACCGAGCGCCGACUGUCGCCUCAGGCUUUGGCCAGCGAGCCGGACCCAUGCCCGAGCGGGAGAUCCCCAAGGAGGAUCUCGAGGAAGCCUACCUCCGCUCUGGACUCAAGAAGCACUUGGCAGGCCUCCCCAAGCGAGUUCCUACCACGAUCGAAGGUCUCGGAACAGCGCCGCCGUCGAUCUUCAGCAACCUCGAGGCCGAGAUCGAGUCCAUGACCAUCUUCAACAAGUACCUUCCGCCAUCCGACUCUGAGAUCCGAAUCAUGCCUCUCUCCCCUGAGACGAGUCACGGCACCGUCGCGAUGCCGCUCAACGACGGUGAGUACGACGAACUGGAAGACAUUACGACUCCCGAGCUCAAGCCCGAGCCCGAGCCUGGCCUUGAACCUGGCCUUGAGCUCGAAACCGCCCCUGUCGAGUCCGGUCUCAGCAGCCGGCGCUCCUCCAGCGGAAUCAACCGCCGCUCAGUCUCUUCCCGAAACUCGUCCGUGGGUAGCCUCAUUUCCAAAAAGACCAUGUACCGAGCAAUGCACCACAUUCGCUCCCAGCCCGCCGACGACCCAGAGAACGACGACGACACCAGCGGCCGCGCGCUCUUCCAGAACUUUGAUGCCGAUGGCAAGGGCAGCAUCUCAGCGGAUGACUUUCGCAAGCUGGUGUAUUCCAUGGGAUACUACCUGAGCGACGCAGAGCUGCAGAUUGCCAUGGCCCAGCUGGACGCCGACGGCGACCAUGUCAUCUCCCUCGACGAGUUCCUGACCUGGUGGCGCAAGGACGACCGAUUCAAGCGCCUGCAGAUGACCAUGAACCAGGCUGAGGCUGUCCAGAGCGCCACAGGAUUCUUCCAGUACUUUGAUGUCGAAAACAAGGGCUAUGUCGAUCACGAUCAAUUCCGUCGCAUGUACGAGUACAUGCACUCCCAGCGCAACUACUUCCCGCCAGAGAUGACUUUCCAGGAGGCCUAUCUGACCCUCAAGUCCGACGGCGUCGGAUACGUUUCCUUCAACGACUAUAUCGCCUGGCUGAUCAAGAUCGGCUCCAUCCCCACGUAAAUGCCGCUUGCAUUCCUGUUCAAAAGUCGCCGCAGCGUCACAUUACUUGGCGAAGCGUAUUUGCGCCACCUCCUACCAUUUCUGCCUCGGUUCUUUGCCUAUUGGCUAUGAACUACGCUUGUGUUUGUUGAAUCUAUCGGGCCACUUUGUCGUCUCAGCGCAGUCCCAUCCUUGUGUUAUUGCUGUCCAGAGUUCCGCUGAGAGGGCUGAUCCAAGGGUGAGACGGCAUAUUUGAUGUGUUCUUGACUUGGCACAGGACGGCAUGUCGUGUCUCUCCUGUCUGUUACUCGGCACCGUGGUGCUUGCCAUUGUGGUGAUCCACGCAUGUCUAAAUCCAAAGGAAUAUAUUGUAUUCAUGGCUCCUUUC